AUGUUUGAACAAAGGAGAUUCGUAAUGUGUUAUGUUAUCAAUGUACUCAUUCACGUAAACACAGCUGGGGGUAGCUGCGAUGGAUUUACGGUCCAGAUUGAAGAUUUAGCAAAUGUUGAUAAACUUCUUCCAAUGAAUAAUUCAAUUGUAACCUACAUAAACGCAUCGGCUGAUCAAAUGAAUACUUGCAAAUACAUUCGAGUGUACCUCGAUCUAGACAAGCCAGGGUGUGGAAGAAGAUACGUAAAGGCUAAUUUUACUCUGGGUUUCAAGGAUGCACCAGAAAUGUUGCCCCAAACUGCGGUUGAUCCAGGGGUGAUAGCAGGGGCUGUUCUAGGCGCUGCAUGUGCAGCUAUAGUAGGAUUUUAUGCAUAUACAGCUAUAAAUAAUUUAAUGCAAUCCAAUGUCUAUCGCCUCCCCCCUUCGCCCGCAGAAGCCCUCCAAUUCAAAUGUUUGUAG